GGGAUUACUGCCACAGCUGCAUUACCAGAGAGUGGUUCAUCACUGGCCUUACGAGCCCUAGGAUGGGGCUCCCUCUACGCAUGGUGCGGGGUUGGGUUGCUAAGUUUUGCCAUCUGGAAGGCUCUGGGCGUGCACAGCAUGAAAGAAUUCCAAACUAAAAUGCAGUCAAUGUUUCCAGCAAUUCCUAAAAAUAGUGAGUCGACUGUGGAAUGGGAAGACUUACUUAAAUCCAAGUGA